UUUUGUUGCGCGAGCGUCGCGUCGCGCGUGUUUUUCAAAAGGCCAUACAACAAAAUAUUAAUUAUUAAAUGGCACAAGUGUUUCCAUCGCGGAAAACUAAUAAAAUAAAAGCCACACCAUCCCCAAACGCCAUGCCGUGUGCGGCUUAAAUCGUCUUAAAUGUAUUUCGCGCGUUUUUGUCGCUGAAUGCAGCGUGCCGCAGAAUAUGUUAAAUGUUUUUUUCGAAUUCAACAAACAUUUCGUGUAUGUGUAAGUAAUUGUGUGUAAGCGUAAAACAACAAAUGUUUAAAUGUUGUGCGAAAAGUAAAGGAAGCAAAGGCAAAUUUUACUUGUGCCCGCGUAUAUGCCUGUGCAUGUUUCCAUGUGUGUGUGUGCAAGUGUUGGCGUCGCUAAAAAAAAAGUGCACGUAAAAAGCGAUAAAGAAAGAGGAAGAAAUCAGCAACGCAGCUGGAAAUAAGUUAAUAAAAUCCAACAAAUAAUUGGCACACAUCCUUCAUAAGAGUGGAAAAACCAUCCCCGAAGAUAAUAAAAACGCGCACACACGCAUACACAAAAGAAGAAGCUAAAGAAGAAGAGAAGCAAACCCGAAGCCGACUGCAGUGAGUUGCACACUUGUGUCUGUUUCCGUGUUAGUGUAUUGGUGCAUGUGGAAGUGAAGCUAAAAGUAAAACACAAGAAAAAAGCAGUUUGAUUUUGCAAAUAUUGUAUUUGCCGCCGGGGUACAAAUUCCAAUUGAAAUACGAAUAAUUCGCCAACAUCCCCGCUGCGCCUGCGUGCCGUCGUAUCGGAAAAUCAAUUGAAUGCAGCGAUUCGAAUGGCGCCACGAAAACUCAUUGAUUGCCCAAUGAAUUUCGACUUUCGCACAAUUUGCGAACAUUUCACACUCGAUUAUUGGCAUUAACAUACAAAAACAUUUUAUCAAAAUAACGAAACAAGUAUUUUGCAUAAAAACGAACGGGAAAGGAAAUCGAAAGGAACGAAACGAAACGCAACUGUACCUGCUCCUCCCGAAACACCACCACCCAAGGUCAUUGUCAUAGCCAGAGAGCGGAACGCUGGCAAACGAAACGAAACAAUGGGAUUAGGAGGAAGCCAUGCAGACAUGCAAAUGUUGAACGAAUUUUAAGCCGAAGUUUAAGCCAAUUUACAUAAUCGCCACACCAACACACACUCAGCACACCACAUUGGAAACGCUACCAAAAAACGAGCUUAAACAGUGACCGCAACGCAACAAUGGAAAUGCAACACGAAACGAGGCAAAACACAGGUGGAGAGCAAAGGAUAGAAACAGCAUCGACAGAAGCAGAAGCAGUGAUGCCGCCUCCCACAGAGGAGGAAAGAGCAUCAAUAAGCAACCAAGAGACUGAAAAAGCGGCCAUGAUAAAGGAAGGAGCGGAAGGACCCUUCGAUUCACCCACAACGAAACCCAUGAAAUUUGAGAGCAGCAUUGCAACAGCAGGGAUGAUAUUUGCAAUGCCAGCCACACCCCCAAACAGGGGGGCAACACUCUUAACCACGAAAUCUGCGAGCAAUAGUCGCAGCAGUUCCCUCAAGAAACAGCGUCGCGGAUCAAAGGGAUCAAAUGGAACUGCAACUAACGGUAGUGGUGGCGCUGGUGGUGGCGCCACUGCCGGUCAGCCAUUGAACUACUCGAAGAACAGUGGCAAACAAUCACAGUCUAUGUCGUCACUGCAACCGAACGAGGAGGAGCAUCAGGAGCAUCGACGUGAUGUCAUUCAGGCGAAGCUCCAUAUGGAGCGGCCCUACAACAGCCUCAAGAAAAACGCACACAGUGGUGGUGGUGGCAAGUACGGGAACAAGAUGCAUCGCUAUUCGUGGGGACAAAGCAGUCAAAGCAGUUCCAACAGCCUGCACAGCAGCGCCACCUUGGGGCUGGGCUCAUCCGGCAAAGACGACCUCUGGGCGGCCAUACAAACAAACUACAAUUAUAUUAUGGACACGAACCUAUUGGAUACGUGCAAGGAGGCAAGAUGUGAGAUAGAGGGCGCCAGCACUGUGCUCGAGAAAUCCACCGAAUGUUGCUUGAAGAUGCUCGAUGAAACCCAGCGACCGGAUGGUGUUCUCUGCGAGGAUCCCAAGGAGCUGCGUCGCUGGUUACGCGAAAUGGAAAACAAGUUGGAGAUUUCCCCCACCAUCACGGAGCUGACAUUGUUUGGAAAUGCGGAAUUGCAGCGACAUUUGGCAGUACACUCGGUGUUGUACCAUGAAAUUGUAUCACACGCCCGAGUCGUAAGCUCUUGCAUACGUGCCGCCGAAAAGGAACAGCAGUUGCAGCAACAGCAGCAGCAGCAGCAGCUACAUAUCCAACAGCAGCAGCAGCAGCAACAGCAACCAGCAUCGCUGACCAGCAAUUGCUCGAGUGAGUCGGCGGCCAGCGAUUUGGCCACAAAGUCCAGCAGUUUGAGCAGUGGCUUUGCCUCUGACACUGCGGUCAACACACCCAUCGUUGGUGCCACAGCUGCAACAGCAGCAGUCGUUGUGGUAGCUCCACCACCACCACCGCCGACAAAGAAGGGCGAAGGGAAUUUGGAGAGGCUGAGGGAUCGCUAUCAUCUGCUAUAUCUGAAGGCAUUCGAACUGCAGUUGUGCCUCGAUAAUCUACUGCGCAAACGGAGCUCCACAGCGAAUGGUUUGGACGACGACGAGGACGAGGACGAGGACGUGGAUGAGGACGAUACCGAAGACGAUUCAUUUGGCUACGAGGGCGAGGGCGAUGCUGCCACCGAAGACGAUCUGAACGAGGUCAAUUCCGAUCUAGAUUUGGAACAGGAGCAGGAGCUAGAGAACUCGCUGCCCGAGUUGAUAUUGCAAAGGUGCCACGUUGUUGCGGCCACAGAAAUUGUCACACAGUCGUCGCACAUCUCUCAGGAUCAGCCACGCGAUUGUCUUGCAUCCCAAAAGCCCGGCGAUGAGGCCGACGAGGAGCUAGAGGAGGAAGACGACGACGAAGACGCGAAUUUGGGAGCCGAUGUGGUGGACUUUUUGAUUGGCAAACGUUCCGCCUGCUGGCACCCGCAUCCCCAUACCGCCCACACCAAGGGGGCAGCCACCUUAACCGACUUUGAGGCCGACUCCGAGAGCAGCGAUCUCGAGCAGGUGCAACAGUUGAGUCGCCGCGGUGUGGCCAUAUGUAAUCCCCGCCGGGCGCCACCCUUGAUAACACACUUAGAAAUGUCACAGAACGGGAACGGCAUUAGCAGCAACUCUGCCAUGUUGCAGCAGCGUCAUAGUUUGGGCAACAAAAUGCUGCCCAUUCAGAUGGCCAAUGGUGGCGGUAGCAAGUCGACGGGGGGCAAGAGCAUUGCCGUGGCCGUGAUCACGCCCAAUUCGCACGGCAACACCAAUCACGCUCACAGUCACGGGCAUGCAGGCCACGGACAUGGUCACGAGCUGAACAAAUCCCCCCUGGGUCUGCGCAAGACGACGACCCAUCGUCAUAAUGACACAUCAAAGUUCAAUAGGUCGAACCGCAAGUCGAAGAACUGCGCCAUCUUCUACUUCAAGCAUUUGGACACGGACAACGAGCAGUCGGCAGCAGCGGAAUGCAGCGAUCUACCCAGCGAAGAUGAUCCCUUGCAGCACCAUCAUCAGAUUGGAGUUGGAGGCGACAUACUGAAAUCGGCUGAUGCCUCAUCGGAUGACGACGACGAGGGUUGGCACUACACUGCAACUGCCACAACUGCCACUGCAACAACAGUGGAAACAACUGGCACAACGAUUGUGGAUGGUCUGCAGUCGACGGCCGUUUCUUCAACAACUUCUUCGGGGGGAAAAGUAUCAUCGCCCAGCGACGACUCUGAUAAGGAGAACAAGGAGGCUUUGGUUUCUACAACAACCACAGCAGCAGCAGCAGCAGCAGCAUCAGGAGGAGCAACAGCAACAGCUACAGUAUCUGCAACAGUUGUGGCCACAACAACUGUGGCAACAAGCAGCAGCAACUACGACAGCAGCAGCGCCUGCUCCUCGUCCAACUCGAACGGCAGACACACAGAGACCUCGGCCACCUCGCGAGUCACUCAGAUGCAGCGCCCCGUGGACCUGGUCAGGCACCAUCAACAGCAAAUGCAGAAGUUGCAGAUGCAGAUGGAGUUUCAAUCCAGCGACAGACACAUCAUUAGCAACAACAAUUGCUACAGCCACAGCCACAUCCACAAAGAGUUGGAGUCAGCCAACAACAAUGAGGAGGGAGCACACGAUGUUGCAGGAGAUGCAGAUGCAGAUGCAGAUGCAGAUGGAUAUGAAGGAGCAGAGGUGGAUCUACAUCGGAAGAUGGGGAGUGUUGAUGAGACAACUGCUGAUAUGGCAAAUGGAAAUGCCACCAAAUCUACUCAUCAGAUGAGCAACCAGCAGCAGCAUUUCUAUAGCCGUGCGGACAUUUGCAACAUCAGCGUGUGGCCCAGCGAGGCAGGAACAACAGCUACAACAACAACAUCGAAUGGCAAUCGAAAUUUGCCUCCACGUUCCCCGGCAAAGUCUGCGAAAUCAUCAAAGUCGCAGGCCAGCAGCAGCAAUGCCACCAUGUCGGCAUCCCUGAUGCUUUCCUCGCCAGUCAAAGUCUCGCAUGAUUCAAUCAAGCAGCUUGUGCUGGAAGCCGAGCAUCUGGUGCGCGACGCUCAAGAGGCCGCUCUGAAGACACCAACGAAGCAGAAACAUUCCAUCAUUAAAAUCUCGUCGACGGUCAAGAAACGAGAGGUUCACAUGCCGCCGCCAAUCAAGCAGCGCGUUGAGGAGUGGCUUGAGCAUCAACCAUCCACACCACAGCUGCUGACACGCAGUCACACCCAUGAGCUACUCCCUGGCUGCAAGCCCGAUGACUGCGAGGCUUCGGGAGAGGCGUCCGAAACAGACUCCGUGCCACAGACGGGAGCAGCCGCACUCAAUGGCGGUGGAUCGGAUACCUCCGAGGGCUUCACCGAUUCCAUAGCCACCUGCAUGCAGACGAGCACCAAUUCGUAUGGAAACUCCACGGAGCGGAUUGGGGGAUCUGCAGAGCCCAUUGGCCAGCCUGUCACGCCUCUGGGCUUUGGCAGCAGCAAUCAGAGCUUGAACGUGAAGAUUGUGAAGCGCCCGCAGGCACGCCGCAAGUCGGAGCGUCCGUGGUCCGUUUCUUGCCUCUCGCAGCUGACGACAGACGCUGCCGGCCACCAGUUGACGACUGCCAUCGUCUCGGUGGGACAGAACGCCCCGCCGGGCCUUGCCAGCCACUCGAUUAGCGAAAGUGCUUUGGAUUCGCUUUCUCCGGGACCCAGGCCACGGGCGGCCUCCUCCUCGGGCACAGGCAGUAAUGCGGCCCGCAAGAGUGACAGCAAGGGAUCCCUGAGACGCCGCAAGGCACGCAAGAAGCGCAUCUCCGCUGCCUCUGCAGGCAGGAAAUCAGAUUCCGGCUCGGAGGCUGGAGGAGGGGAUCUCACACAGACUCUGAUGAAGUCUUGCGAGUCCAUGUCCUCGCAGCAGCUGCAGGAGUUUACAAAUGCUUUGUUGAGCAUCCAGAAGGGAGCUCCAGGAAGUCCCCGAGCAGAGGGCAGUCUACUGGUUGAAGGCGAUUCGGAGUCACAGUUGAUGCUGCCGAAGUUCCGUGUGGGUUCCUUCACCACCGCUGGAUUAAUGGCCACCGAUACGAGACUGGGAGCACUGGCCGCCCUGUCCAACUACAUGAAUGAGGAUGAACAGCAAGCAGAACUCAGCACUGAGGAUCAUCAUAGCAGCAUCUCGGAGACUGCCUGGGACAACUAUCAAGAGAAAUACAACUCGGAGAACUAUUCCGAGGGCUUUGAUUCAGAUGCGGCCCGUCGUCUCUUGGAAUUUGGCGACGACUAUCGCAAUUUCAUCGACUCGCAGUCGGAUGGCUGCAGUUCUUUGUCGGCGGCCAACAAUCUGGACUCGUUCUCACCGCCGCGCAUGGACUCGCUGCAGAGGCACGAGUUGAAGCCCCUGGCCAUCAAUCAGGAGACCAUCAGCAGCAGUGUGGACCACGCACGUCGCCAGAGAGCACUGGAAUUGCAGUACGAGAGGCGUCGCAAGACCCUUGAAGUGAGACGCAAGUCGUGUCAAGAUAUGGAUGAAACCAUUAGCAAUACACAAAAGGAUAAGGAGCAUCAGAAUCUUCAGGCACAGCCUUCGCUUUCGGCCUCUGCCACAGCUCUGAUGACGCCUCCGGCGAACCAGCAGCUGAAUCUGCGCACCGAGUCAGUGGGUCGCAAACUGGACUUUGGCGCUGGUGCAGGAACAGGCAUGAGCCACUCCGCACAGUCCCUGCUGCGUCGCACUUCGGAGAGCGAUACCUCCACCAGGAGACGCCGCACAGUGACCGCCGAUGAGAGGCGCCGUUCCUCGCGUAAUCUGGAGAAGUGCAUCAAGCUGAUUCCAGCCUCGACAGGGUCAUCCAGCAGUGAUGACUCCGAGGAUGGUGAGCAAGAGAUGCGCUCUCUCCUGCAGCAGAGUCGCGAUCGAUUGGAGGACACCAGAGCUCUGAAGAUCAGAUGUCAUCUGCUUAGACCAGAGGAUUAUAAUGAAAUCAUCAACACUUGCCGCGAUAACAUUCGCUGCCUGGAGGCCGUGCUACGCGGUCCGCCCGGCACAGUCCUCUCCAACCAGUGCGCUGGCCAGACAAAAGAUCUGUUGUCCGCCUGGGAGGAUCUACUGUCCUGGAGUGAGAAUGCCUCUGCCGCACGUCGUCUUCAACAGGAGAUGAGUGCCUUGAAGCAUACGCUCCAGCGAUUGGGGGAUAAGCCCACACCGGAGUUGCUGGACACAGAACCAGCUAUUCAGAUAGCAGUAGAGGCCCUGAAGUCCGAACAGAGUCAGCUUUCCAGCUACCGUACACACAUGCUACGUCUGAACGCCUCCGUUCACAGUUGGCUGACACGUCAGGAGAGGCGUCUCCAAAGCGCCCUGGAGGAGCAGCACCAACAACAGAUUCCACCACAGGAGUCCGAACGAACAGUGAAGGAAGAGAAAUCUGUAAUGAAGGAGGAGCAAGAGCUCGAGCAGUCCAGCAAGAAGGAGGAGCAGUCCGCAAAGAAAGAGCUCAAUGGAACGGUGGCCAUCACCGUCACCGACAGCAAUGGCAACCAGGUGGAAUCAUUGGCCACUGGAGAGGCCUCCACUUCCACUGGCGCCUGGGAUGUCCACUCUCUGAUGUCCGCGGAACAGGAGUUCCACAAGCACCUCAAAAGCGAGGUCAGCGACAUGUACAGCGCUUGGGAUGAAGCGGAUGCCAGAAUCAACACUCAACUGGAGAUGCUUACCGCCUCAUUGAUUGCGUGGCGGCAGCUGGAGUCGGGUUUGAGUGAAUUCCACUUGGCCUUGGGACAGGAUAGAGGAACCCUUGCGGGCCUGGAGGGAGCUCUGGACAAGGGGCAGACCACGCCCGUAGAGCUCGCGCAGAACGUGAAACUGGUAGCCAAGCUGCUCUCCGAGAAGGUGCACGUCAGCCAGGAGCAGAUGAUUGCCGUUCAGCAGCAUCUUGACCCCAAUCAGCUCUACCACAUCGCAAAGUUCACAGCGUCUAAUGGUUCACUCUCCGAUUCGGGCAUCUCUGAUGGUGGGGCCACCUCCGAUGGCGGUCUCUCUGAAAGGGAACGCCGUCUGGGCGUGCUCCGGCGUCUGGCCAAGCAGCUGGAGCUGGCUCUUGCCCCUGGAAGCGAGGCCAUGCGCUCGAUUGCCGCACGAAUGGAGAGCGCGGAGGCGGAGCUGAAGCAUCUGCAAAACACCUGUCGGGAUUUGAUUGUGCGCACCGCCGCCUCUCACCAGCAGCAGCAGCAACAACAGCAGCAGGUGGUCCCCAAAGCCAAUGGACAUGUCAAGAAGGCGAGUCCCGGCAAGGGGCAGGCACAGGACAAACCACAAUCCCCGGGAAAACGCAGAAACGCACGCAAGGGACGACAGGCACAGAAAGCACGAGAAGAUGAGACGGAAGACCAUGCAGAGGAAAGCCAGAAGAAAAUCUUGAUCCUGACCAGUGGCGAUGGUGGCGGCGACCCCUCCGACGACCCUUCGCUGGUCAUCAGCCUCGAAAGCGGGGAAGAGGACGGUAGCACCGAUGUGGACGAUGGAAAGGUUCCACCGCGUGGCUGGGCGUGGCGCAUCGCCCGUGCGGCAGUGCCCAUGCAGCUAGCGCUCAUCACGUUCUUCUGCGCUGCUUGCCUCAUGCAACCCAAUUGUUGCGACAACCUCAACAACCUGUCGAUGAGCUUCACCCCGCAGCUGCGGUACAUCCGCGGCCCGCCUCCAAUUUGAGCGCCAGAAAGUCGCGUGCAUCUCGUUGUAGAUUAUGUUACGUUAUGUUAAGGCACUUAACAGUAGUAACUACUCGGAGUGGACACUGGACGCCCGUCCAUCCAUCCAUCCAUGCAACAACCGCCGCAUUCGACGCGCAGCUCCAUAGAUGAGCUCGCUAGCGUUUUUAAACGCCCGCCCAGCGGCAGUUGACGCGUUUUUAAACGUUCUGUGGCGAACGCUGCGCUUCUCCGGAGAGGGGACAAUUUUUAUAUGUCUAAUUAUAGAUAGUGGUCGCGUAUUGGAACUUUAGUUAACACUAAGAAUAUUGUUUGUAAUUUCGGUUAAUUUCCUACGCGUUUAGGUUGCGAUUUUUGAUGAAUGAUGAACGAUUUAACAUCGAAAUGAACGGAUGAUGAUUGACGGAAAAGCUCAAGCUAAGCAAAACAGUACUUAUGAAAGCCCAUACUGGAGAGCCACAUAUCGACUGCCGCCGCAUGCAGGGGAAUGCCCAAAGGAAGCCCCAACCCAACCCCUUAAGAGUAGGCGUAUGUCCCAGGAACCCACAGAAAACCCAUACAUUUGGUUUUAGAACCCCAGUUAAUAUAUAUAUGAACAAAUUGCAAGCAUUUUUUGUAGACUUUUUUGUUUGAAAAACACUAAAGUGCCUAAGAAAUGCGAACUGUGAAAAGAGAGCCCCUUAUAAGAUGGGGAGAUAAUAUCCCUCGGGAGAACGAUGAAAGAUCGGAUCUAAAGAGAGCAAUUAUCCCAGGCAACAAAGCAAAACAGAAGCUAAAUGCCACAGCCCUACAAGCGGAACCAGAAGUAACGCUAGAACUAAAAUGGGAAUCACGACUGGAAGUAAAAGUAUCUCUAAAACUGGAAAUGUGACCAGAAGUAUCCCUCAAACCUGUUGAAAAUCGAGAGUUUCUAUUUUUAUAUGCAAUGCAAACUUAUACACACCAUCCCCCAUAUCUAUCUCUCUACCUUUUAUGUCUAUUAUAUUAAUAGGAUAUAGAUAAACCUUAUAAGAUUUUGCAAAAC